AUGUCCUCCGUCGAAGCCACUGUAAUCAUUGUAUAUCUCCGGCAUAUGGCUCAUCUAGUACAGAGUUCUGCGCCUGAACUAGUCCAAAAGCAUAUGCCACGAUUGGGGCUUCCCUGCCCACAAAAGGGGAACAUCAUCACCGACGCCCACCAGCCGUUCACGAUAAAACUGCUGUGGCCAAAAGUCCCAAGAGGAGGUGUAGGCCUUACUGCUGUUCUUUUGAGUGCUCAUCCAGAAGAAAUGUUACAGCCUCUGCACAGGAACCUGAUUGACAAAACAGGACAACGCGCCCUCACGGGAGCAAUUCACGCACUUGAUCAACUACAAAUUGAGACGAUCUAUUAUCAGGAGAGAGAGUUGCUUAGCCAUGGACCGCACCACGCCGAGAGGCCUCGCCAACAUCCGUACGCUUUAGCACAAGCCAGCCGUGUGCCAACCCAGAAGCCGCAGCAGACUCAACCUCAGACGAUGCCGCAACAACCUACCGUAAUAAUACCGGUGGACCCGAUACCUGAACAAACCAUCCCUGGCAUUGACCCGAAGGGUAUGACUGGGAUCGCGCCCUCCCCCAAGACACCUACGAUAGUUUCAGAAAACGAUAGAGCAACACAUAUCAACAUGGCUCUAACGGAAGCCAUAGCCCAAGCCGGGUCAACUUCACAGUCUCUGAGUAAUGCGUCAGACAAAUCCGAUGCCCUGCUUUUGAAGGGCGAGGUAACAAACAGUGGGACCCUCUUCUCAAGUGGCUCAGGAACUGCUCAGCCACAGGCGCCAUCGGCAGCGAAUUCCCUUCGUGUUCAGUUCUUUCGUGAACUUAGUUUGAAAGACCAAAAGCUCGCAGAAGUGCAAAGGGCGGCAGCGGAGAAGGAGAAGGCGUUCGUUCAGCGACUCAACGAGGCCAGGAAGUCAGAAGAAGUCUUGUCAUCCAAACUGAGUCUAAGCGACGAGAAGCUGGUGGAAAUGCAGAGGCGACUGUCUGUCGCGACGGCCCAGGAGAAGGCGCUUAUCCAACGUCUAGCGGAAGUCAGGACGUCGGAAGAGGCGUCGUCGUCGAAGCUAAGUCUGACGGAGAGGAAUCUCGGGGAAUUACGAAGGGCGCUCGCAGCAGCAGAGGCAAAGGAAAAAGCGCAUGCCGAGAAACUUGCUGAAGUUGAGAAAUUCAAAGAACUCAAGUCCAGAUUAAGCGAAUCGAAUCACAGGCUGGAAGAACAAUUGAGUACAGCAGAGCAUGCUUUGACCGACGAGCGGAGGAAGCGUCUGGAAGUUGAGGAACACCUAAUGAACACAGAGGCCAACUUCUCCAGCGAACAGAGACGGCGCAUGGAAGCGGAGGCUCGAUUGGACUCUGUGGGCAAUGCUCUAGUGGACGAGCGCAGAAGGCGUUUAGAAGUGGAGGGGAUAUUGGCAGACAUUACCAGGGAACAGAAGGAGCCUUUUGUUGUACCAGCUUUGCUGGAGGCCUUCGUUUCCAUCUCGAAAAUGACGACCGCGAUAAAGAAAGGUCAGUGA